UUGACUUCUAUUAAGAAGGGUUUCGUUUUUUCUUUACUUAAAUAAAAAAUAGAAGUUAACGAUUACUUUCUCUUCCUAAUCCGUGUCGAAGCGAUUCCUUUUUCUGAAAGUAAUUUACCCUCUUUACCCAUUCUCCAAAUAUAUGGUAAGAAAAUUAUUUACAAUUGUAUUAUACUAUAAAAAAUAUAUAUAUGUGGUACCGGCAGGCAAUUAAACUAUGCUUGUUUUCGUGUUUAUUUUAUGUCUCAUAGUUAGUGUAGUUCUUGUGUCAUGACUAUCAAUUAUUAUAUGUUGAUUGGUAUCAAAUGUUAAUGCAAUUAAUAAGAAAAUUAUUGAAAUAAACUAAAAAGAACGACAAGCCCUAUACAACUCUGAAAAUGCAAAUUAGGCUGAACAGAACAUUAGGAAUAUACAAAUUAUAUAUAUACAUAAAGAAUAUCAAAACUAGAAAACAUUUUACAAAACGUGUGAACAAGACUAGUGUUUCCGGGGAAAAAAAUUCAAUAAGAUCAUGGUUCUUACUUUUAGUCAAGUAAAAGGGCAUUUACGUCAAUUAACUUAAGAAAAGGUGUGCUUUUUUAACUUUUCAAACUCCAAAAGGAAGGAGAGGAAAGAGAGGCGACCCUCUGCGAACUCCUGAAAGUCUCGGACAGACGCCCCCCAGCCCACCCAAUCGCCCACACGAACCAAAGAGAACGAACUUUCCGUCUCCUUCCUUAGGCCUUUAUAUGAGAUAUAUAUAUCUGGGUUUUUCCUCUGGACUCCAGAAUAAUACUAUAUUUGAGCUUUGUAUGAUAGCAUGUUGUUCUACAUAAAGGGUUUGUUCCAUUUGGUUUGGCAUAAAAACUUGGCAAGUUAUCCUUAGUAUUUCCAUUACUUUUUUGUGUAAAUGAAAGUUGUUAUCUAAGGAAAGUGAGCUGCAUGCUAUCUGCUUGUACAUUUUCAAUUCAAUAUUAUCUUCAUGGCCAUAAGACCUUCAUGUAAAGGAAGAUUCAAACCCAAUGUAUCCAACAUGGAAGAUAUUCAAUUAAAUACUACUUGGGAAGAUGUGUUUUGCCCGAUAUGCUUGGAGUUUCCACACAAUGGUGUACUCCUUCAAUGCUCAUCUCAUGAGAAAGGAUGCCAUCCUUUUGUGUGUGACACAGACCAUUUGCACUCAAAUUGCUUAGACCGUUUCAAAAGUGCGUAUGGUAUGUCAUCGGCUUCAACAUCAAAUGUAACUCCCACAGAAAACAGUGAGCCAGUGGUAUCUGAAGGUAACUAUAAACCAAGUUGUCCCUUGUGUAGAGGAGAGGUUACUGGGUGGGUGGUUGUUGACAAGGCUCGUCUAUAUCUAGAUGAGAAGAGACGUUAUUGUGAGGAGGAACAAUGUAAAUUUAUGGGGACAUAUUUAGAACUGCAAAACCAUGCUCGACUAGAGCACCCUCAUGCUCGUCCAUCAAAGAUUGAUCCUGCUCGUCAGCUUGAUUGGGAGAAUUUCCAGCAGUCCUCUGAGAUCAUAGAUGUUUUGAGCACUAUUCAUUCCGAAGUCCCACGUGGUGUGGUUUUGGGAGACUAUGUAAUUGAAUAUGGGGAUGAUGAAACUGUAGAUGAAUUUGAGGACUUCCCUGGGGAUGAGGGGAAUUGGUGGACCUCUUGUAUCCUUUAUAAGGUGUUUGAUAACUUCCGGAGUUCUAGAAACAGAAGAAGGUCAAGAAUUAGUGAUACAAGAAGUGGAAAUCACCGUACAAGUUAUGAUAGUUCCAUUUCUGAUGGGGGUUCUGUAACGUCUGUAGAAUAUUCUGAGUAUAGGGUAGAUGAGACUGAUGAUGAUUUUGUGAGUACAAAUGUCCCAAGGGAUACCACCAAUCGUCGCAGUUAUCAAAGACGCCGAUUCCGCUUCUAUGACAAUUAGGUCUGCACUGCCCAUGGAUCCUCUUUAUGCUGGCUAUUGUUUACUACACAAUGGAAAAUCUUUGGUCAUUUAAUAUUAUAACCCUCGUCUUCAUUGUUUGAAGUGGGAGGGCAUAUUUGGUUUUUCUGUCUUUUUUAGUUAUAUAACUUAUUGUUUUUCUUUGACAGUGCUUGCUUAGAUGUAUAGUGAAAAACAGAGGAAGUAGAAAACACUGUAUGCUUGCGUCAGAUCACCUCAAUGUUAAAACAUGCAAAAGCUCAUCUGGAUCUCGUCUUGUAACAUUUGUGAUGAGAUGUGGUGAUUAUACAUGAACUAACCUGACAAUC